AUGGCAGCCAUCAAGCUGAACAGCUCGCGCCAGAGGUCUGGCGCCGCUGGCAUCCUCCUGCUGGCCCUCUUGGCCAUACUCGUCGUGGUCUUCAGACCUUGGGAUGCAGGAUCAGCCCAGCAUGUCCCCAUAGGUGCCGCUGCAGCCCUGCAGCUGGUCCAUGAGGCGCGGGUAUGCGGCUCCCCCGCCACCGACCAGUAUGCCAACGUGCAGGAGUCCUGCCUGCUCGCCUCCCCCGUCGCGCGCUGGUGGCGCGAGGCGCGCGCCGAGCUGGGGCCGGCGGCGGUGACGGCGUCCAUGCGCGUGCACAUCGAGCGGCGCGCCGACUACGACGGCAUGGCCGUGCGCUGGGGCAUCGGCCACACGCAGCCCAGCGUGGAGGCGUGCGCCCACGCCUGCCUCACCCACGAGCCCGUGCCGCAGUCGGGGCACCUGGAUGAGCUGCCCUGCAACGCGUUUGUGUGGUGUGCGGCGGAGGGUGGGUGCUGGGAGCCCGACAUCCACAAGCACUCCUUCGGCGACUGCUGGCUCAAGUUCACGGAGGGGCCGGCCGCGCCGGAGGUCAACAUGCGCGGCGAGCUGUCGCAGCGCCAGCGGAGCCAGCACCCCGACGCGCCGACCGAGGUGCAGUGGCACGCGGGCGCGGUGCUGCCGCGGGGCGUCGAGCUGCGCAAUGGGAGCUGGAGCCCCCGCUACGAGUGGUGA